GUAUGCGACACAUCAUCACUACGAGAAAAGCGAACGAGUAAGUAACACGUAAACAUGAAAUCUUGACAAAUGUUACAUUGAAUAUACCCGCAAAAGCGGCUAACUUUUUCAUCUAAAUCUGGAAUCGACUAACGACCGUAAAAAUGACAGCGCUACAGCCUCAAACUAUUGUGAUUAAGACGGUGCCGGCGAGAUCGCCGACCACUCUGACGGUGACCAGCCAGUUCGAGCAUGAUAUGCUGGACGACCUGUACGGCGACGGUGAUGCACCAAGAAAACGCCGACGGUUGACACAUCUCUCACAAGAGGAGAAACUCCUGAGAAGGAAGUUGAAAAAUAGAGUUGCAGCACAGACUGCAAGGGACAGGAAGAAGAAUUUUAUGAGUGAACUGGAACAAAAAGUGGCGGAAUUGGAACAGGAAAACAAAAAACUCCAAAAAGAAAACCAAGCAUUGAAAUCAGAAUCUGGCAAUUUGCACAAACAGAAUGUGGAGUUAAAGGGUCGACUGAGCGUACUCGGUAGUGGGUCCGUUAAGACAGAGGUGGUAUCAGGAUCAGCAGUAUCCACUGACCUUCAGCAGCAAGGACAGAUCCCACCUGUGUCAUACUGGACCAACAACACCUACACAGCUUCAAUGUUGACUCUAAGUCUGACACUCUUGUUAGCCUCCUCCCAACAUUCAAUCAGUCGCAAAUCGCCAACAAAAAUUCCCUCACAACGGUUGAGAUCUCAUCCCUACCGGGAUCUACCAGAAACCAUGGCAACACAGAGGAGUCAAGCAUGGUGGGGCCCUCAUCAAAAGAGUUGGAAUCCUUCAAAGAACUGAUGCAAUUUGAUCAUGUCUAUUUUAAGCCCCAGCCCAAGGGCAAGACAAACUCAUCUGGUCAACUUAAAGUUUCUCCAAAUGUGUUAAACAAAGUAAAAAAUGAAUCUAGUAUUCGAAAGGUGACUGAAAAUGGCAACAAUGUAAAAAA